UUUUGUGUAUCAAUUAUUAGUUAUUAUUCUUUUGUCCUAAACCUUCUCUUAACCAGCCUAGCCUAGCAAUGGCAGGUACUACUCUUCUCCCCUAAUCCUCUCUAACCCUCCAUUCCCCAUUUCACAAACCUUAGGACAGGAUGGCCUCUUGUUACACCAGUCUUCAUCUCCUCCUCGGCCUCCUGUCUUUCCCCAUCUUUCUCUCCUCCGCUGCCACCACCUCCUCCUCUUCAGGAGGUAUCCGCCUUGGCCUUAUCCGAAAGCCUUCCUCCGAUAUCCCCACCUUCCGGGAAGCCCCAGCUUUUCGCAAUGGUGAGUUGUGUGGGGCAGAAAGAAUUCAUGUUACCAUGACCCUUGAUGCCAAUUACCUAAGAGGCACUAUGGCAGCAGUCUUAUCAAUCCUUCAGCAUUCUACCUGUCCUGAGAACGUUGAGUUUCACUUUCUUUGGGCACAUUUCGAGCCAGAGGUCUUCUCCAACAUUAAGUCUACCUUUCCUUAUCUUAACUUCAAGAUUUAUCGUUUCGACUCUAACCGUGUCCGUGGCAAGAUUUCUAAAUCAAUACGUCAAGCUUUAGACCAGCCAUUAAAUUAUGCAAGGAUUUACCUUGCUGAUAUACUUCCAUUAGAUGUUAAUAGAGUUAUAUAUCUAGAUUCUGAUCUUGUCGUUGUUGAUGAUAUUGCAAAAUUAUGGCAAGUCGAUUUAGAGGGAAAAGUUCUUGCUGCACCAGAAUAUUGCCAUGCAAAUUUUACAAACUAUUUUACAGAGUUAUUUUGGUCAAAUCUCGAAUGGGCAAAGACAUUUGAAGGAAAAAGGCCAUGUUAUUUUAACACAGGAGUGAUGGUAGUUGACGUGGAUAAAUGGAGAACAGGAGGGUAUACGCAAAAAGUAGAGGAGUGGAUGAUGGUCCAAAAACACCAGAGGUUAUAUGAUCUUGGGUCAUUGCCACCAUUUUUAUUGGUUUUAGCUGGGGACAUUAAAGCAGUGGAUCAUAGAUGGAACCAACAUGGAUUAGGAGGUGAUAAUAUUGAAGGCAAGUGUAGGAAUUUGCAUCCUGGUCCAAUUAGUUUGCUUCACUGGAGUGGGAAAGGGAAACCAUGGUUAAGGCUUGACUCAAGAAAACCAUGCUCUGUUGAUCGUCUUUGGGCUCCUUAUGAUCUUUAUCGCUCUUCAAUGCAUUCUUUGGAAGAUUGAGGGAGAAGAGAGGAGAAGAUUGGAUUGGAGAAGAAGAAGAAGAAGAAGAAGAAGAAGAAGAAGAAGAAGAAGAAAUAGAAGAAGAAGGAGAAGGGAAUGGUUGUAAAAUGAAGGGACUAAGUAGAUUAAUUAGGAGAUGAAUGAUUAAUAGGUAACCAAGAAGGGAAGAAAAAGAAGAAAAAAAAAUCUUUCUUGAUCAUUUCCAAUAUUUCCCUUCUGUAUAUUAUAGUAGAAUGGAAAGGAAAAUGAUAAAUUCUCAUUGAUUAAGAAAAUUUAUUUCAAAAAAUUUUCUUUCCAUUCUGCUUGUUCAUUAUCUUGAUUUAAAGGAGAAAAGAGGGGCAAAAGAGCAGGUUCUUUUUUAAAUUAUUCUGAUAUUCUUAUUUCUCUAGUCAGGUUAUGGUUAAAUGGUAGGUUUACAUGUCCCUCUAGACAACCAUUCUACUAACUAAUUAUUCUUUUAUUUCUAGAAUGAUGCCUUUUGUGUGUUCAAUAUUUUUUCCUUUGAAUUAUUUGCAGAAUUGAAAUAUAUAUGUUGUAGCAUUUCUUAUAUGGAUAC